AUGGAAACCGACUUUGGAUUGACCGAGUAUGCAAGCGCGCACACAAUCACUCCAGUUCCAUGCUUACUCAAGGAAAUGUACAGUGACUUCAUUGUACAGGAAAUUUUAGCUGACGGAACAGUUCUCCACAUCCCAUCCCCUGACGUCAUUUUGGAAAGCACUGGGACCAAAAAGAAAGAGAUCGAAAUAGACGCAACUGUCGAAAAACCAAGUUGCAUUUCAGAAGAGACUCUGGCUGCUCUCGAUGAACGAUUUUCUGCCAAAGGAGACCAAGUUUUGGUCAAAGUGGAGAAUCUGACAAAAGACGAGCGUAAAAGUAUUCAUCAAUUCAUCAGGGAACGAUAUUCAGGGAAAUUGAUCACAGAAACGAAAGACGAUGGAAUUUAUGUGUCUAACGGACAUACACAAACUACUCGGAAGCGUAAGAAUUGGGAUGAGAAUAUUCCAAAAGAAUGUCAUUUUACUAUGUGCAAGGAGAAUAAAGAAACCACGUUUGCUUGCCAAUUAAUUGCCAAGUUUUUGAAUGUCGGACCAAACAACAUCAAAACUCACGGAAUCAAAGACAAACGAGGAGUGACCGCACAACGAGUUAGUGUGACUCAAGUUCUGGAGAGUACUGUUCUUGAUCUGAAUUCAAAACUUCGUGGCAUCAGAGUCUUCGGAUGCGAAUAUAAGCACGAACCGGUUAAGACUGGAGCUCACUGGGGAAAUCGAUUCAGUAUCGUUUUGAGAGAAUUGGCUAAUGAUUCGGAGCCUCUGCUUCAUGAGAGAUUGGAAACUUUUCAGAAUACUGGUUUUGUGAAUUAUUUCGGAACCCAAAGAUUCGGUUCGCGAAGUUCGACGACGGCGGAAAUCGGCUUAGCAAUUGUGAAAAGAGAAUGGGAGCGUGCUGUAAAGAUGAUCAUGUCGAAUGCGAUGCCAGGUCAUUUGGAGUACGGAUUAGUCGGGCAUGCAGCGAGAUGCUUCAAUCAAACUGGUGAUGCUAAAAAAGCGUUCGGAAAGCUCAGAGGCGCUCAGGCAUUCGCUACAAUUGAAGGACACAUUUUGAAAUGUCUUUCACGUGGUGGCACGUGGCAAAAGUGUAUCACAGAGGCGAUUCCAGUGCAAAGUCGCAGUCUCUAUGUUCAUGCUUAUCAAAGUCUCCUUUGGAAUAAAGUGGCUUCUCGGAGAGUGAAAGAAAUUGGUACACGUGUUCAUGAGAGUGAUGUAGGAGCUGAUGGAACACCAUUGGGAGAACACGCUACUCAUUACGAUAUCCAUAUCCCGCUCCCAGGAGAGAACGAAGCGUUUGCAAAUACCUAUGGUGCGAAAUGGAUCAGUGAGAUUCUUGAGGAAGAUGGACUCACUCAAGCCAGUUUCACUUCGUUGCAAGACAAAUUCUCCCUCGGCGAGUCUUCUCGCUCUCUAUUUGUCGAAGCGAAAGAUCUCAAAUGGAAGUUUAUCCACUAUUCACAACCACGAACUCUUCUUCAAGACGGCCUUCAAACACGGGCGGUUCCAGAAUCAGAACAAAAAGGACCUCUUCUUGCGCUCCAAAUUCAGUUCAGUCUGGUUUCUGGUUCAUAUGCUACUGUUGCUCUACGAGAAGUGACAGGUAGUGAUAUGGGAAAGAAAUCUAUGCGAAAUGCCUCGUUGAAAUCACAAGAAGAGGAGAGUGAUAAAGUAAAAGAAGAAGUGAAAGAAGAGGAGGAAGAAAGUGCAGAGAGUGAAGAGAGACAAGAAGAAGAAGUAGCCGCCUCUUCUGAAUAA